AUGGAGGAAGGUGAAGGAGGGGAUGGUGGUCGGAAGAAUGCUCCGUUGGUUUCGGAAUUUGUUGUGGCUGCUUCACCGACGGCGGCUGCAAAGGCGUGGUUGGAUGCUCCGGCAAAGAAGCUAGCGAGACAGCUAGAUUUCAAUGCUACGAUGGAACAGUCGAAACCUCAGCUGCAGACAACCAGUGUGACGGUGCAGAAACCGGCGGGUGCUUUGCCUUUGCCGCCGAUGGGACUUCACUCUUCUGUGAGGGUUGGGAAACCAGAAUCUCCCAAACCAAGAUCAAGACCUAACUUUGAAGUGAAAGAAGGUACUCCAAAGAAGCAAAAGCAGUGCAAUUGUAAACACUCUAAGUGCUUAAAACUAUAUUGUGAAUGUUUUGCAUCAGGAAUAUACUGUGACGGUUGCAACUGUGCAAAUUGUUUCAACAAUGUUGAUAAUGAAGCUGCUAGACGAGAGGCUGUUGAAGCUACUUUAGAGCGCAAUCCAAAUGCAUUUAGGCCCAAAAUUGCGAGCAGCCCUCAGGGAGCACGCAAUAGCAGGGAGGAGGCUGGAGAAGGUGUAAUAUUAGUAAAACAUAACAAGGGGUGCCAUUGUAAAAAAUCCGGCUGCCUUAAGAAGUACUGUGAAUGCUUCCAAGCCAACAUUCUUUGUUCUGAGAACUGUAAAUGCAUGGACUGCAAGAACUUUGAGGGAAGCGAAGAGAGACAGGCUUUGUGUCACGGAGAUCAAAAUAACAACACUUAUAUUCAGCAAGCGGCAAAUGCUGCUAUAACUGGAGCUAUUGGUUCCUACGGCUAUUCAUCGCCUCCAGUAUCAAAGAAACGAAAAGGUCAGGAACUCUUCUUAUGGCCUACAGCCAAGGAUCCAUCAAUUGGCAAGCCGGGACAACAGGUAAACCAUGUAAAAAAUUCAGCACCUUCGUCAUCAUUAUCACCCGUCUCAAGUGGUCGUGUCGCAAAUGCAACAUUAGGUCAGAGUCCAUCAAAAUUAAAGUACAGGUCUCUUUUAGCAGACAUUGUACAACCACACCACCUCAAAGAGCUUUGUUCAGUUCUGGUGCUAGUAUCUGGACAAGCUGCAAAAACACUUGCAGACCAGAAAAGUUUAGUGGAAAAACGUACAGAAGAUGAGACACAAACAUGCCUUGCUUCUUCAACUCAAGAGCAAUUGUUACCAAGUAAAAAAGAAGUUGAUGCUGAGAAAGCUGUGGAAGAUGAUUGUUCGAGUGCAAAUCAAACAGAUAAAAUCAGCCCAGAUAAUUCCUGUUCAGAUGGUGCUGACGUCUCAAAAGGGAGACCAAUGUCUCCCGGGACUUUAGCCUUGAUGUGCGACGAGCAAGAUACAAUGUUCAUGCCAACUGCCUCUCCCAUUGGGCCAAUGACGCAAGCUUGCGACACGUCUUCGCGGUUUCCUAGUGGACAAGGAGUGACAGAGGUCUACGCUGAGCAAGAAAGAGUUGUAUUAACACAAUUUAGAGAUUUUCUCAAUAGAGUUAUCACAAUGGGAGAAAUAAAUGAGACAAAAUGUUCUUCAUUGGCUAGAAGUGAGUUAGAGAGUCAAAAGGAUCCAAUCAACAAUCGAAUUGGAAAUACCAGUACUGAGAUAGUACAUUUACAAGAAGCCACUAGCAAUGGUGAUGCCAAACCUGUAGUUCCACCUAUGGCCACAACUUCAACACCUGUGGCCACAACUUCAACACCUGUUGUGGUCCCUGGUGCUACUAUAGCUGAAAAUGGUGAAACUAAGCUGAAUAAGGAAAAAGAGGUAUGA